AUGUCUGACACUUCCUACAGUCAGGUUUCCGACAAAGAGGCGGAGAAGGUCAGGCAGCAGACUACAAAAGAUUCAUCCAUCUUCCUCUCUCUGUCAGAUUGUGUGGAGCUGCUGCUGUCUUCGGGAUUGCCUGCUGAUGUUUCGGAUGAGAAUGGAUUCACACCUUUACACUUUGCUGCUGCCCAUGGCCAUAGCAGCUGUGUGGAGGUGUUGUUGACUGCAGGAGCUGCUGUAGACACAGUGGCAGUGGGGGGGCAGACAUCACUCUUCCUGGCCUGUGAGGCAGGAAGGCUGGACUGUGCCCAGGUCCUGCUAAGCACUGGAGCUGAUCGCUCACUGACUACUGUGGACAACUGCACAGCCUUACAUGCUGCUGUGCGCUCGGGACACGCCGACAUGCUGCGUCUCCUCCUAUACCACCCACCCCAAAGUGACCCCACUGUGACUCCUGCCACCUUGGCACUGCCUGCUGCCCUGCUGAACCAGGCCAACAGUGAUGGCUGGACGGCUGCACACAUGGCUGCUGCCCUGGGCCUUAAGGAGUGUCUGGAGGUGCUGUGCAGUCACAGCGAACAGGACAUUGAGAGGAGGGAUAAGUGUAAUCGCACUAUUCAUGACGUGGCAACUGAUGACUGCAAAGAUCUGCUUGAAAACCUCCAAUUCUAUCGGGUCCAGGUUUAUCUCCAGUGUUCAGGAGGAGGGACAGGGUCCAUGUGCCCCAUUGAGGCCUUAGAAGAGGAUGUGGCGAAGGGGCUCCCCGGUACCCACUGGGUGCUGGGCAGAGUGUCGGUUGAUCGUUCAACACACUGGGCCCAGCUAAGCGCUGCCCUUAGCCACACCUUCACAUCCCACCUCCAGAUCCUGUGUGGAGAAUCUCAGAUGGCCAGAGAAGAGAUGCAGCGCCCCCCACUAGGCCUCAGUCCUGCCAGUAUCGCCUCCGUCCUCAUAGGAGAUACUGAGUGGUUACCAGGUCAGGAGCUGCCUGUAUCCCCCUGGGACCUGGUCAGGAAACCUCUCAGCCAGUGCAUCACCAUCCGCCUCAAAGGUCUGUCUGAGUCAUGCCUCGAUGAAUUGGCUCUGGAAUCCCUCUUCCCCCUGCCACUGCUGCACAACUAUGUCCGCCUGGUGGAGCAAUAUGGUAACCUCAUCUUUCAUGGGCUUCAGGGCAGCUGUCAGGAGUACAUCGCCGGUCUGGUUGCUCACUACAUCAAGUCGAAGCAGAAGGCAGGGGGGCUCAGCUGUGACGUGGUGAGGGUGGAGGUGGAAGAGAGCCUGACCAAAGAGCAUCUGCUUGAGACUUUCAUCAGCUGUGGUUUCCUGGUGCCAGCUGUGGGGUCAGGGGUCAGCCUACCAGCUCAACAUACUGAUCACUGUGUGAUAGUCCUGCUGGAGGGACUGGAGAAAGCUGCAUCCCUAACAGGCCUGCUUGGAGACCUCUGCCACAGUCUGGACAGCAGGAGCGCUGCUUCAUCACUGGUCCUGAACACUGGUCCCCACCACUUCCGAGAGGGGAACUUUCUGAUUGCAACAUUAUCGAAGCCCCGCCUGCAGGGAGCAGAGCUUCGUCUCCAGCAGCAUUUCCGCUGGGUCACUUUUCGUUGGGAUCAGGAGCCACUGCACAGCCUGCUGGGAAGGCACCUCCGCAAAAAGCUGCUUCACAAGAUGGGGACUGGACUUUGGUCUCCUGAUGGCGUCAUGGAGCGGUUGGUGUUGUGGGUGAGCCAGGUUUGGCAGCAGCUCAAUGCCUGCCUGUCCCGUCUGGGGACCCAUGAGGCUUUGCUGGGCCCGCAGCUCUUCCUGUCCUGCCCUGUGGUCCCAAACAACGCGCAGGCCAUUGUAAGGUGGCUGGCACGUCUCUGGAAUGCUGUGGUCGUCCCCCGUGUAGAAGAAGCCAUCAUCUCCCGGGUAACAGCCAAGCGCUCCUCCUCUUCCACCUCUCACUCUCCAGCCCCCUCAUCACAACAACCGUGUCUUAGCAACUGUGGGCUGAGUGCUGGACAACAGGCUGUGGUGAAAGCCGCUCUCAGCAUCCUGGUCAACAAGGCUGUACUCCUGGGAUGCCCCCUGCCUCGACACGAAAUCGACAGAUACCUGCUAGAGUUUCAGGGUGGCACGUUCCCUCUGUCAGCUGUUGGCCCCUAUAAAGGAAGCAUGUGCGGCGGAGGAGGUAGAAGGGGACGGGACAGUGGCAAGUUGAGACGAUCCAACACCAGCCCUCGGAAGAAGGGAAGCCCCGCCUUGAAUUGGAGCAGCAGUUCCUUCAGAGAGGGUUCUCUCUCGAGCUCUGAUGUCAGCUUGAUCUCCAAUGGCAAAGUCCAGAGACAGCCCGAAGGUCUGUCUGUUUUCUCUGAUGAUGAGACCGAUUUGAUCAGAGAACUGCAGACGAUGUGCUCCAGCAAAUCUGAGCCAGACAUCACUAAGGUACUCACACUCACAAGCCUUUCUCCACUCACUCACUGACACAAUGGAU